AUGGAUGAUUUUCAUCAAGCGUCAACAGAAAAUAUGAUCAUACCCAAUAGUAAUUUUACAACAAUUUUCUUGUUGGGAUUCCGAAAUAUUGGCAGAUUUAACCUUUUGGUCUUCACCUUAAUCCUUUUGAUGUAUUGUGUGACAAUAUGUGGAAACCUCCUGAUCAUCACACUGGUGUCCUACAGCAAAUCCCUCCAUUCUCCCAUGUACUUCUUCCUUGUCCAGCUGUCUGUAUCUGACAUCAUAUUGAUUACUGAUAUUGCCCCGAACAUGCUUAAUAUUGUCCUACAUGAGCAACCAUCCAUAUCUUUUCCUGGAUGCAUCACACAGCUUUAUUUUUGUAUUGUAUCAGUAACAUCUGAAUGUUUUAUUCUGAUGGUGAUGUCCUAUGACCGCUAUCUAGCCAUCUGUUAUCCUUUACAUUAUGUCUCCAUUAUGAGCCAAGUGCUUUGUAUUAUUUUUGCUUUUGUAGCCUGGCUGUUAAGUUAUUCUGUAGCAUCUGUUCUAAUACAUGGUGUGUGUUCAUUAGAAUUCUGUGGGCCAAAUACUAUUGAUCAAUUGUUCUGUGAUUUUGCUCCUGUGUUGAAACUUUCUUGCUCAGACGCAUCCAUCGUUCAGAUGAAGUCCACAUUGCUUAGUACUGCUGUCACAGUGUUGCCAUUCCUCUUGAUAGUCCUUUCAUAUAUCUACAUUGCUUUAACCAUAUUAAAGAUUUCAUCCGUUUCGGGGAGACUGAAAUCCUUUUCUACUUGCAGCUCCCAUCUGACAGUUGUGUCUAUAUUUUAUGGGACUCUAAUCUCCAUGUAUGUUCUUCCAAAUGAAGGGAAGUCACAGAUAAUCAGUAAGAUACUGACUUUGAUGUACACAGUGUUUACUCCCUUUAUAAACCCUAUUAUAUACAGUUUGAGGAAUAAAGACAUCAAAAAUGCUUUAGGGAUUUUACAGAGACUGUCGCCUGAUAUGCCAAGAUGUGAACAGAGCCUAAAACCCGGAAGCAGAGCUGCACCAGAUUUUGGAACUGAACUCAGCCAGUCCCCAGCCCAGACAGAACACGCCAAGCUAGCUAAGAAAUGCUUGCAGUCAGCCAUGACACCUUCUGCUCAGAAACAUCCAAAAGUCUAUGGCUUGGAGAAUUAG